GUGUUGUUCAUACUUCAUAGCAAAAACGCUUUCUCAAAACAAGCAGUGUCACGCAGCUGAAUCAUAUUCACUCCAAAAAAAAAAAAAAAGCUCAGAGAGAGAGAAUGGGGAAAAGACAAAUCCCAGACCCUCCGAACUUUAAGAAAUACGGCGUUCCUUUCUACUCCGUUGCGUGGAUUCCCCAACACGUUGUCAAAUCGCGCCAAAUCGAAACCGCCGAUGAGUCCUCGGACUCCGAUCACAGCACUUCGCCGGCGACCGAGGCGGAGAAGGAACCCGCGACGGUCGCCGGUAACUACCUGCUGUUCGCCGGCGGCGGCGGAGCAGGCCACAGCGGUAUCCCCAAUGCUUUGGUUAUUGCGCACUUCGAUGUCGCGUCGAAUUCUCUCUCUGAUCAACCGGUGUGUAAGCUAGGAACUGAUUCUGAAUUGCCUUAUAGGAUGGCACUUAACUCUAAUGGUGAUGGCCUUAUUUGUGCAAUGGAAACGCCCAUGGUUUGCAGAUGGUUUGACUGGGAUCAAAACAAGAGCUCUGAAAUUCAUAAGUUGAGUCUGAAGUUGUCAGAGAAAGUGCUCUCACAGUUGGAGGAUGUUGGACAGCAAUUAGCAUUGGCAUUCAACAAUGAUGGUACUGCACUAGCUGCUGGUGGGGAGGAUGGCAAUCUAAGGGUUUUCAAGUGGCCUAGCAUGGAAAUUAUUCUCAACGAGACUAAUGCUCAUUCUUCUUUGAAGGACUUACAUUUCAGUUCUGAUGGUAAAUUACUUGCCUCUUUGGGAAGUGGUGGCCCUUGCAAGGUUUGGGACGUUUCUUCAUCAAUGGUCUUAUCUUCUCUAUCAAAUGAAAAUCGCGAAACUUUUAGCUCUUGCAGAUUUUCUCAAACAAAUGACGAGACUCUGAUCCUAUAUAUUGCUGCCAUGACUGAUAAAGGUGGAAGCAUCCUGACCUGGAAUACACAAACAUGGGAAAGGAUGGCCUCAAAGCAUAUUAUUCGUGAUCCAAUCUCUGCAUUUAAUGUCUCAGCUGAUGGAAAGUUUCUUGCGUGUGGAACACCUUCAGGAGACAUUGUAGUUGUAAAUUCAACAAAUAUGCAGAUUCACACAAUGAUAAAAAAGGCUCACCUUGGCAUAGUAACUGCUUUAGCAUUCUCCCCUGAUUCAAGGGCGGUGGCUUCUGUAUCCAUGGAUUCAAGUGCGAGGGUAACAAUAAUUGAAGAGAAGAAGACUAAUGGGCUUAGCUUGUGGAUUGCAUUAUUUAUCAUCCUACUUGCAGUAGCCGCUUACUUCCUGAGGCAAGAAAUUGAAAAGUGAAGGUUCCAAGAUUUUGCUUAUUGAAAUAUGAAACAAUUAGCAUCCUUGUGAAUGCUACUGCUUAUUUUUGAUGCAUUGUCAUUUUUUAAGGGGUUUGCUGAUACUUUUAUAUAUUUUGGCAUCUUUAUGAACAGUUGUUCUAGGACACGACCCUCUCUCUAAAAUGCCUUGUAACAUGGGUUGUAUCGUUACGUUACAUGUUUCGUACAAUGCUUCCAGGUAGAAUUGAGCUAUCAUUCAUUACUUGCUAUUUGCUGUGUAUUUUGAUGUUAUAUGAUAUAUAGCUUUCACUGUCAGAAGUAACCCGAGGGCACGGGUUUUGGAUUACCAAACUUUGACAAAUGAAAUGAUUCAACCAAUAAUGAAGGCUUCAUGACUGAAUUUUA